AGAGUAAAAGAAGCAAAAAUGAUGAAGGCUGUUUUGGUGAUGAUUAUUGUUAACCUAGCUUUGGCUUUUGUCAAUAUAUUUCUUAAGAAAGUGCUUAAUGAAGGAAUGGAUUACUUCACCAUCUUAACAUACCGACAAGCUAUUUCAGCCAUUUUCUUAGCACCUAUUGCUUGCUUCUAUGAAAGGGAAAGGAAGCUGGAGGGUCACAUAAUAUGUCUGCUUUUCAUAAGUGCUCUUGUGGGGGUUACCUUUACACAAUACCUGUUUCUUAUGGGACUGGAAUAUACAUCUGCAACUUUCUCAUGUGCAUUUCUAAAUAUGGUGCCUGUAUUUACCUUUAUCAUGGCACUGCCACUCGGGAUAGAGAAGGUAAACAUGAGAAAAGGGAGUGCUAAGGCUAAGGUUUUGGGAACUUUUGUGUGUAUUGGUGGAGCUUUGAUGUUGAUCCUUUACAAAGGAAUGCCCUUAAUCAAGCAAGAACAAGAACACAUUGCAGACAAAGGCACAACAACAGCAUCAGCUUCCAAUAUAAAGAAAUGGAUAAUAGGUUCACUGCUUCUGAUUGCAGGAUGUGGCUUGUGGUCUUCAUGGUUUCUCAUACAAGCAAGGAUUAGCAGAAAGUAUCCAUUUCAAUACUCUAGCACAGCCCUUUUGUCCUUUUUUGCUGCCAUUCAAUCAGCAAUUUUAACUUUGCUCAUUGACAGAAGUAAGACCAAAUGGAUUCUCAGAGGAAAGUUAGAGAUUCUCACUGUUGUAUAUUCUGGACUGGUUGGAUCAGGGUUGUGCUAUGUGGCAAUGUCAUGGUGUGUGAAACAAAGGGGUCCAGUUUUCACUUCAGCAUUCACCCCUCUUCUGCAGAUGUUUGUGGCAGUGCUUGAUUUCUCUAUAUUACAAGAGGAGAUUUAUUUGGGAAGUGUUGCAGGAUCAGUGUUGGUUAUUUCUGGCACUUAUAUUUUACUUUGGGGUAAAAGUAAAGAGGAAGAACAAAAUGCCAUGAAGGAUAGUCAAGAAGAUGAAGAAUGUAUGAACAAUUUUGAGGACAAUCCAAAUGUAGCCUCUAAGCUAAGGCUUAAAGGGGAACAAGGAUUAUCUGAAGUACAAGUGAAGCAGUUGGCCAUUGAAGUAACUAGAAGCUGAUAAAAUUCUCAAGAAUUUCAUGCAGGAGAGAAUGUUUAGAAGUUUAGCUUCAGUACCAAUUUUUCAAUUACUCUUGUGUGCAUAAUGGCAAAGCUUUCAUAUGCAUUCAUGUAAUGUACUGGUUGAUUUGCACAUGUAAAACCUAACUUGUAAUUUCACGGUGAUAGAUAUUUUAUGAA